UCUUUAGUAAUGGCCCGUACGAAGCAGACCGCGCGUAAAUCGACAGGCGGGAAGGCGCCCCGCAAGCAGUUGGCCACCAAGGCGGCCCGCAAGAGCGCGCCGGCCACGGGCGGCGUGAAGAAGCCGCACCGGUACCGUCCCGGCACGGUGGCGCUGCGCGAGAUCCGGCGGUACCAGAAGUCGACGGAGCUGCUGAUCCGCAAGCUGCCGUUCCAGCGGCUGGUGCGGGAGAUCGCGCAGGACUUCAAGACGGACCUGCGGUUCCAGAGCUCUGCGGUGAUGGCGCUGCAAGAGGCGAGCGAGGCCUACCUGGUGGGUCUCUUCGAGGACACCAACCUGUGCGCCAUCCACGCCAAGCGCGUCACCAUCAUGCCCAAGGACAUCCAGCUGGCCCGGCGCAUCCGCGGUGAACGCGCAUAACCCAACAUUAACCGAUACACGUAGAUAUUUUCUGUCAUUUUAAUAACACAAAGGCUCUUUUAAGAGCCACUACUGGUCCCAAAAAAGGAGCUGGAACACGUACAUCCUAAAAUUCAUAUUACAUUCUGUAAUUCGUCACAUCACAAAGUAAACAUUUAAUAAUCUAAGCGGUAACUGAGGCGCAGAAUGGUUGCUUAAUCCGCACA